GGAAGCUGUUCGCGCAACGGAGUGUUUACAAAAGAGCUUUGUUAUUAUAGCUGUAGUUGUUCCAAAUGAGUGCAAAAAAGGGCAGAAAAGCCAAGGUGCCCCCAGUGCCACCACAUGAGAGUGAAAAAACCUCUGCUAUGGAUUCUCCCAACCUGUCUGUGAUAGACAAAGCCAGCUUCCUGGAGGGACUACAGUUAAAUUAUGGUAACCCUCUGCACAGCACUGCCAUGGAGGAAGAUUUAAAUGUCUCCGAGGAGGGACAGAUGGACAAAGCAAAAGCAGGAAGAAAGGAGGUUCCUGAGACAUUGAAGACCACUGCUAAACAGCGUGGAGCUGCGGUGAAGAGAAAGGAGACAGCGACAGAUAAAGAGAAUGUCAAGGAAGAGGAGGAGACGAAAAAGAGGAGUAGGAGAAGUACUGCAGAGAAGGUCAAAGCCAGGCCAGAGAAGGGAGAAGUAAGAAAGAAAAAGAAGGGAGAACCUCAAGUUGAAAGAGCAGAGUCAGGUGCUCAUGCCAUCCUCCAAACAAGUAAUCAACCUACCCCAAAAGCCGCCAGGAAGAAGCCUGCCAAGAAGAGGAGUGCUGGAAAGACCUUUGCAGCAAGGCCAUUGAAAAAUCAGCAGAUGAAGAAGGACAUGAAGAGAAAGAGUGAACCUAGUAGUGGAAACCCUCAGUCACAGGACUCUGACACUGACACCGCCCAGCAGAGCCGCAAGAGAGUGCUGUCCUCUGAUGAAGAGGUGGACGAAGACACGAGUUGGGCCCCAAGUCCAAAGAAGGACAAAUUUUAUAGUUAUGGCAGAACUAGAAAGUCUUCGUCUGAUAGGUCUAAAUCCAGAAAGUCUUCAUCAGGCAGUGCAUCUACAGAGGCGGAAAACGCCAACACCGACAAACAGAGGAGGGAGAGACGUGGUCGUCAGGGAGGAACAGAUUUAGAGGUGGUGCUGGAUGCCUUCCUGGAUUUCUGUGACCAGUACAAGGAGUCUGUGGAGUCUAAAGCAGUCAAACACUCCAUUGAUUCUUUCUCCUCCAAUGUGCAAGAGCAACUCUUGGAAAAGAUCUCUUCAUACAAGGAGCUCAGGGUUCUGAAAAGGGAAAAUACCAAGGUGGCUCACUAGAUUCGCACAAAGACACAGAGACUGUUCGAUGCCAAGCAUGAGCUGAUGAGGACAGAGAGACAGGUGUGGCUUCUACAGAAGGAAAAGGCGGAACUCAAACUCCGACUAGCUGAUCUGAAACGAAGCCGUGCCUUCCUCCAUGACAUCAGAGAGCUCAACCAGCAGUACCUGGACCACCGACACAAACACCCCAAAGAGAAAGAGACGUACGGGGCGUCCAGUUUACCGGCUCUGCUACUGGAGACAAAGCAUGUUCAGUCGGCAGAGCAUCAGCUGAGAGGAAUUAAUAACCGAAUGGAAAAAAGACUGAAGAAGAAUGGGACUUGUAAAUAAUGUGCUAUGGCAAGAUGGCACACACACACAAAUGCACAGAGGUUAAAGCCUCUCUAAGCAUGUAUUAUAUAUGUAACAUAUUAUAAGAAAUCCUGAGGCUGUUGGAAUUUUUUUUAAGGCCAGAGGCAUCUUGAUAUUUUGGAUUGGAUUGGAUUUCGAUUCAGAUUUCGUAAAUCAUCCAACAUUUUGA